AUGGCUGCAUUUAACGAGUGUACAAAUACGGAUACCCCUUAUGAAGCAAAACUAUACCUACAAAUAGUAUAUAUGUUCGUUGGAUUGGGUACAAAAGUGCUUUUAGAGCUGUUUUUGUACCUACUGAAACAUGAUGAAAUCAACAUGUCACUUGUUGACUUUUUGAAAUCAAACGAAACAAAACAAAAGUUAAUAAAGUUACGCAAUGAUAAAGUAAUUAAUGAAAAGGAACACAGACUUGCAAAAGCGGACAAUCCAAAGACAGAUGAUUUUGAUAUUUCUCUGUUGCUAAUUUUAAUGAGGAAUUUGUUACCAAACGAAAUACUUUCUCCACCAACACAUGGAUGGACAAAACCCCCACCUCGAACAGAUAAUACCAUAUCUGCAGAUUUGUUACGUCUUCGAAAGAUCCGAAAUGAUAUUAUUGCACACAUUACAAGACCUCAAAUUCCUGAACCUAAAUACGAUAGAACCAGGGAUGAACUAAUCCACAUUUUUUACCGACUAACCCAAAAGAUUCAUCCUUGCAAGUCAAAAGACGCGAUUAUGAAAGAAAUUCAAGAAAGAAUCGAUUCGUAUCAAGUCUCUGUUGAUUCACCACUUACCAACUUAUACAUCAGUCGUGUACAAGAGUGGAACUUAAAUUUCACUAAAAAGGUAGAAGAAUCACUCAAAACAUUAAAUGAGUUUGACUUGUACUUAACGAACAGAUCGAAAUGA